AUGAGACAUGACUAUACAAAUGGCGAUUAUUCGCUAAUUGCGUCAUUGAUGAGAACAGCGAUGACAAUCCACGAAGUUUUGGCACGCACCAUAUCAGAGUUGCAACAACCACUGGAACAACAGCAACUACUUUUGCAACAGAUAUUGCAAGCAAUUUUGAGUAAUCCACCAACGCAGCAACUGCUGUUACAGCCGCCGCUGAAUCAGUUGCUGCUCAGACAACCACUGCAAUGUCAACAACCAUUGCAAGAAGGACUACAAGAGCACGAGCCACCGCAGGAACAACCGCAGGAGCACCCUAGAAAAGAGAAACUGACAUCUCGGUCUUCACGAAAGCGCAAAGAGCUAAGUAGUCCAACAACAUCACAAAAUAAUAUAAAAUUUAUAUCUUGGGAACCAUGA